GCUUUCCAACGGCGCGGUCUUUUUUAGCUGGAGCUUUUUCCCCACAUCGAGGAGCGUGUAUUUCUUGUCUCUCUUGCCAACUGCAGCAAUUUGCAAUUUUAAUUAACUUAAGACAGCCUGCUGAACAGAAAGAGACGCCAUAAAAGCAAAAAAUGGGCCAAGUCAAGAAAGCAUCAACUGCUCUGAGCAAACUUUUCGUCUACGGAGCUCUGAAGUACGGUCAGCCGAGCAACUCGAUCCUCGCCAGCUCUAGCAAUGGGUUUGCCAAGUUUUGGUGCAAGGCCACCACCACAGAGAAGCUGCCGCUGGUCAUUGCCACGCGCUACAACAUUCCCUUCCUCCUGAACAAGCCAGGCAUUGGCUAUUAUGUAACCGGUGAGAUCUACGAAGUGGACGACCGUAUGCUCAACUCCCUGGACAACCUCGAGGACUGCGAAGACAUCUACACCCGUGAGAAGCAAGACAUGAACAUCGGCGUGGGCGAGGGCACCAUCCCGUGCUGGGUCUAUCUACUGCAAAAGUAUCCGGAGAAGCUGCUUUCCCUGCAGUACUUGUCCAGCUACGAGAACAGCUCCACCCAUCCGUACAUCAUGCGCCACCGCCGCACCCACAAGCAUCCUGCCCAGGACGAUCUGAGCUAUGAGGCCCAAAACUAAUGGUUUCCCCCUUGGAUGUGCUCUGGGAAGCCUGGCCAAUUAUUAAUAGAAUGUUACCGGUAGUUGCAUUUGUAGACCGUACAAUAUUGAUUCCCACCCUGGGGAAACAGACUUAACAGAUUGAUAUAUACACGUAUAUACAAACGUA